AUGCCUCGUGGCUCUACCACUUACAAGGUCACCGGGUUGUCGAAGUCGGUCAUUUCUCACCAUUUUCGAGGACGCCAUCAUCAAUCAGAAGUCCUUGCGGCUGGCAAACAACAGCAUCGAAUAAUGGCAACGGAUACCAGCCGCCAGGCUGAAAUACAAGAAAUGUCCGCAGAGGACCAAAAUGCGGUGGAGACCAUGAUUACCCACCAUGGCAUCGAUGUCGAGGCACUACCAUACACUGCUCCUCCUGGAGAGGAAGGUUUUGAUAUGAGUCAUGCAGGUGGGGAACAUGAAGUGUUCGAAGGGCUGGCACAUCAGGUGGCCGACAUUGGUGGAUAUCGCUACAUAGAUCCUCGCACUCGCCGAGACCGCACAGAAGACCAGACUUCUCAUUGGAAUCUCCAGAUCAAACACCUUGUGGACGCCUAUCUUGACUACCGCGCUCGAAAUUCUGGCAAUGGCAUACCAAACCCACAAGACUUGCCCACAGUCCCACCUUUGGACAUAGAUACGACGGACUGCCCUUCACUCAACAACAUCGAGCUCAUUGACAUUUUCAGGCGGUGCCGUCCCUCUCUCCAGCCGAUAGCAUCGCACAGGUUCCCUAACGAGACACUUAUCUAUCAUGGCUACAUCGGAUGCGCCCCGAUUAUCCAGGCACAGUGUAGAACACUUUGUUUCCUUCAUGAUAUUCCUUACCGGCCCUACCUCAAUACACAAUUCUCGGCCGCUUACGAUAUUUAUUUGGAAAUCAUCCAUCACAUUGACCAGCGCCUCAAGGCGGCGCUCAAACACGACACUCCCAAUUGGCGCUUACUAAAUUCCUGUCCCGCUUGCUUCUAUAAACUCCAAGAUGAGCCAACCCUUGAUUUCAACUGGCUCGUGUGCGUCGAUGGCAACAAUAGCUUAAAGAGAUGGGAUUCCUCCAUCUAUGGUAACACUGCUUGGUUGGAUUCUCGUCAAGCUCGUUCAGACUACUGGAUUGAUCGUGAAACUGUUGACAAGUAUAAACACGAAGCGAAAUCGUGCGAUAUCAACUCACAUGAUGAUAACUGGGAGGAAGAGCCGGUUGACGCUAGCACUAACCCUUCUAAUGUGCUCACUUGUGUUGAUCGAUGGCGCAAUGCUGGCCCUGAGACUCGUAAAAAAAUGUUUUCCAUGUUUCAUGAGUCUGGGAUCUUUAUCGCUGCUUGUCGCCACCGCUUCAUACUUCUAGCUUGCGACAUGGUUCAGAGUGGCGAGCUAGCUAAAUAUCCGUUGGCGCUCAUUGACAAGCUCCUCACUGUAUAUGGAAAGAACGGGGGCUGUGCUUAUGAUAUCGGAUGCGCCUUCUCAAAGACCCUGAGCAAUAGUUCCUUCGGCUCUCGAGCGCACGAUCUUGGUUUUCGGAUGAUGGUCGGGUCCUUUCAUGGCCACGCACACAACCGCAAAUGCCAGUUACGUUGGCAUCCAAUGUAUAUUCCUGGAACGGGACACACUGAAGGCGAAGGUUGUGAACACAUUUUCUCUGCUUCCAAUGAGCUUGCUCGUAGUACUAGACAUGCCAGUUCCUUCCAUCGACAUCAAUCUAUCGAGGAACACUUCUCAUUUUGGGAUCAAGACAAGUACGCUAGCCUUAGUAAUUUCUUAUGGAACCACUAUCGAGAAGCGCUGAAGGCAGUUCACAAUCUCACCACUGAACUCACAGCUAUCAAACACGAGCUUCGACUAACCGAUGAUGAUUUCGUUCGUUUUCUCGACGAAGAGCAAAAAUACCUUGAUGAUCUGAAGCAGCCACCAGCCGAAGACCGUAUCCGCAUUCGCUACGUUGAGACACUUGAUGAACUGGCUGAACGAAGGUCCGAUUGGGAUUCGGCUCGCCAAGCAGCCAACAAUGCACUUACCGAACUUCCGGCAAGCAGCCUAGCGCAGAUCAAUCAAGCUCUAACACACGCGGAGGCACUAGUGGCCCACAUGGAAUCUCAGCUUGGUGUAGAUGCACGAUGGGAAAUUGGUGGUGAGGAGUAUAGCUGCUUCAAGGAAGAAGCUUCUCUGGGCAAAUAUCGAGCUGCGCUCAACGACUUAGAACGCUUGGUUGUGAUGCGGCUGUUUGAACUUUCAAAGCUGUCGUUAUCGGGCACAGGGUAUAAACUUCGUCAGCAAAUUAGCAAAGCCCUACAACGACGUUCUGAGGCUAUCCGCAAAGCUAUCGCACGCUACAAUGUUCAAGCUGUAGCCUUGAAUCCUCCGCGCGACAAGAUAUCAUGGAAGGACAUCGCUGAUUACACUUUCCUUGGAGAGUUUGACCUCUUGCGGCACUCUCGCAGCGAUGUUCGAAGUGAUGAUUGGGCCAAACCGGCUUACCGAGAAGCAACUUCAAAGUAUUUCAAGCUCCUCCGUGCUCGUGAAGAAAUCACUCGACUUAACGUUGAAAUUCGGCGUCUCCGCACUGCUAUUUACGAUGAAGAACUUCAGGCCACUGCUGUCAUUCGCGAUCUUUCUGGUUCUGACCCAUUGCUUGCUAGUGAGCUGAAGCGCCAGUGGCGUUCUCGAGCAGCUAUCAACGCUGUCCAUGUUUAUCGCUUAGAUCAAAUUGGGAGUCUUACAGGAUUCUCUGGUGUCCGUGGUAUUGGCACUCGCCUUGAGACACCUUCAACAACCAUGGUAGAAGGUGACUCAGAAUGCAGCACGCUGAGUCUUGACGACGAGGGCGCUCCUUCCUGUCGAGAGGACAUCGACGACAUUCAGGCAAUCAUCAUGUCUGAUUAUGUUGACAUGGAUGCCAUUGAUCGGGAAGAAUUUGGUAGGGCAACGGAGGACAUCGCCGACUAUUUACAAUCCAUUGUCGACUGA